AGUUGUGGUCAGGGGGGGAAAAUAGUAGCUCGCGUUGGCCAAAGUGUUUCAGGUUUUGAGGGGUAAAGAGAAUGGAUUUCAUAUCAGAUUUGCUGAAUAUAGUGGUCAAUUCAUCAGCUUUCUUCGCAUUGCUCUUGCUUGUUCCUCUCUUCUACCUUUGGAAGUUCCUGUUUUCGCCAUUCACCAAAAUAUACAAGCCCAAUGAGACGAUCGCCGGCAAAGUUGUGCUCAUCACCGGAGCGUCUUCCGGAAUCGGCGAGGCUUUGGCUUACGAGUACGCGAGAAGAGGGGCUCGUUUAGCCCUUGUAGCCAGGAGAGUGGAUCGUCUACGUGCGGUUCUUGAUAAGGCUCUACGCCUAGGUGCGCCUGAUGCUAUCAUGAUUCCUGCUGAUGUUUCUGAGAUUCAAGAUGCUCGGCGCUUUGUUGACAAGACCAUCGACCAUUUUGGUCAACUGGAUCAUCUGGUAAACAAUGCCGGGAUUAAUCAAGUCAAAUUCUUUGAAGAAUUCUCCGACGAUUUCUCUAAUUUAGCCCCACUAAUGGAUAUAAAUUUCUGGGGUUCAGUAUAUGCUACACGCUUUGCUCUCCCGCACUUGAGAAAAAGUAGAGGAAAGAUUGUUGCGAUUUCCUCAUUGUCAGGAUGGUGCUCCCUUCCAAAGCUGAGCUUCUACAGUGCGAGCAAAGCAGCAAUGAUAAGCUUCUUUGAGUCAUUGAGGGCUGAAUUCGGUUCUGAUAUUGGGAUAACCAUAGUAACUCCAGGACCUGUCAAGUCAGAAAUGAUUGACCCCAAGACAUGGCCAGUCGAAUCUGCAGAAAGGUGUGCAGAGGCCAUUGUGAAGAGCACUUGCAGGGGUGACUUCUAUUUGAUUGAGCCAUCCUGGUUCAGAAUCGGAGUGUGGUUGAACUGGUUUUUUCCUGGUCUAUUGGGCUGGUUGUCUCACUUCAAGAUGCCAAAUGAUACUGUUGCAAAAAGAAACAAUUAAGCAAAAUGUGAAUUUAUUUGAAGUAGUGUUAGGCCAUUUUAUGAUGUUUGAUCGUACGCGCGGAUGAGCUACUAGUAAUGUUGUAUGAUUUCUACUGGAAUGUGAGUUUAUUUGAGUGUCAUACCAACUUUUACUUCAUU